AUGUCGGAAACACCAGAGCUCAUGGCCGCAGCCACCAUGAACCGGUCGGGGUUCCCGCCAAUAUCCUACCACACUCCUCAGUCAAACUCACCAGCAUCCGUGCAAUCGCCUCAGCACGACCAGCAUGGCCGGCCCAUCUACGGACAGCCGCCUAGCCAGAUGCCACAGUCAAUGUACUACACGCCCUACGCGUCCACGGGAGUUCCACAGCAGUCACCGUAUCCCCAGCAUCCAUCAACACAGCAGCAGCAACAGCCAAUGCCUACCAAUUCGCUUUUGAUGUCCCACCAGCAAGGUCAACAAAUGCACCACCCACAUCAACCCCACCCUCAGACCCCUGGUAUGACCGGAAGCCCCAAAUCACGCAUGUCACAGACGCCUCUCCAGCGACCUCCCUCAGGACUUGGCCCGCCUCAAGCGCCGCCUCAAGCUCCUCCGGUUGGCACUCCGGGUAUGCACAACGGGCCUCCUUCCGCGGCAAAUGUAAACCCUAACGCGGCACCUGGACCCAUUCCUGCGACUACACCAUUGGUAGUUCGCCAGGAUCAGAAUGGGGUGCAGUGGAUCGCCUUUGAGUACAGUCGCGACAGGGUGAAGAUGGAGUACACCAUUCGCUGUGAUGUCGAGUCGAUCAACGUCGACGAGCUGCCCCAGGACUUUAAGACGGAGAACUGCGUCUACCCCCGCGCAUGCUGCAAUAAGGAGCAGUACAAGGGUAACCGAUUGCACUACGAGACCGAGUGCAACACUGUUGGCUGGGCAUUAGCGCAGCUGAACCCGUGCCUGCGAGGCAAGCGCGGUUUGAUCCAGCGAGCAGUCGACAGCUGGCGCAACAGCAACCAAGACCCGCGCCUCAGGAGUCGACGCGUAAGGAGGAUGGCCAAGAUGAACAACCGAAAGGCAGUUCAAGCGCCACACGGCAACCACAUGGCAGGGCCAAAUGGGCCAGCUGCACCUGGCGUGCCCAACUCAGCCGGCAUGGCGGCACCACCGCAGCAGCCGAGCAUGAGUAUGGGUGGACCUCAGAUGCACCACCAUCACGAACACCCGGGAGGACCUCAAGGAGGAAGUAAUGACGUUAGCGCGAAUACCCACCAUCAUCAAGCGCCAAACGGACAGCAGUCACCCGAAGUCCGGGAGGCUCACAACUUCUACCCAACUUACCCGCCGAACGAAUCGGUCGCCAGCUCCGGUGGCCUUCCUCCCAUGCAUGACGGUAUGGGACAUCACUCACGAUCAUCGCAUGGUUCUUCAGUACCUGUUUCGAAACAGGAGCAAGACGAAGAAGAGCGCAAACUUGCCAUGUUUGGCGACCUACCGGAAGCUAAGCGCCGCAAGUUCAUCCUGGUUGACGAUGCGCAGCGGGGAACACGCGUGCGUGUUCGAGUGACCCUGGACAGCGUCAAGAUGGAGGAGAUGCCUGACUCUUAUCGCAAGAUCAACUCAGUAUUCCCCCGUAGCUAUUUCGCCAUGCAAAUGACGUCGCCUCCUGCAAGCCCUCGUGGCAGCAAGGUCUUCAGCGACGAGCCUGACAAUGAGAGCGACCCCAGCUUUCCCUUGGGAGGACGGACUACGGUGCCAGUUCCGACACUGGAUGGCGAGACCACUGUGCCGAAGCCUCGUUUGACGCGGGCGAAGCGGUCGAAGGAGAUUACGCUCAACGAUCUGGGCUACCGCAUGAGCUGGAGCCAGAGCCGUGUUUUCGCGGGUCGCACUCUGUUCCUGCAGAAAUCUUUGGACGCCUAUCGCAACAAGAUGCGAAGCAGCAUGAUGGGCCAUGGGCAAGAUGUCACCACCGUGGCGCCACACUUCGAAACGCGCGUGGGAAAGCGCAGGUGGAACGACAGAAUCGAGAAGAACAAGAAGAGAGGGCGCGAGUCUUCACCUUAA